GUGUUGUUUUUAUUAUUUUGUAUGCAUGCAAGUACAUUUCGUCACGAUCAAGUGAGCAGUGGUUUGGUUUAAGGGGGCCGUGCAUAAAGGCUAUGGCACAUUAGUGCCUAAUUUUGUUCCGGAUUUUUUGGACUAAUUUUGACCAACUUUGCAAAAUUCCAUAAAUAACAAGAUGUUUUGAACCACAUGUUAAAUUGAUGACAUCAUUUACGUAUGGCCCUCUCCCUUUACGAGAGGAAAUCAUUGCCGUGAGAACAUAGAGUUUUAUUAAUAUAAGCAGAGGGAGUACCAUUGCUCUUUGUUCAGCGAGAAUGCAAGCCACGUGAUGUUUUGAUUUGGUUGAGAACAUAAACAUUACGUCAUCACUCAUCACCACCAUCACUAGAAUGUUAUAUACAACACAUACAAGGCAUGUAUUUUAUGUAUAAAAUUCUGUGAGGUUGUUGAGACUCAGUUUCAACGUCAGGUACAGGUAGCAUGUUACCAAACUUGUUACCAAAUUACGAUAACCUUCAAAUUCUCAUUAUUUCUUCAUGACAAAUAUUUUCGAAAUAAUUUUUAAGUAAUUCUUAACUAAUGUUUCUGACCACGGUCAAUAAACCAACUUAGAUACACAUUGUGGUUGGAUGGACCCCACUCCGAUCUGCUUGUUUUUCCCCAACAUGAGAGCCAUCAUACAAGAAGUAAAUCGUCAUUUUAGUCUGUUUAGUUGUGGUUUAGUUUGAGGACUGUCGGUAUGGUGGCUCGUUCGCAUGCAAUUUUAGAUCACCCAUUCAAUUAACCUGCUCCUGUCAGGCCUUGCGUGAGAAUUUCUAUUUCUCAAUAACGUGCCCCACUUUUCAUGCAGUGUAGUUUAUGUGCAUACACGCGGUGUGUUCGUCUCUCUCCUUCUGCAAAUUUACUCUAAACGGAUCGAUACUUUCCCGGAAGGUGUUGAGUUUAGUGGUUGUGUAGGAUACCCGGGUAUCCACGGGAAUAUAUACAUAUUCAGUUCGGGAGAGACAGAGACUAGUCUGGCCGAGUUGUGAGAAUUGUUUAUUUAUUUAACAAAACGGCUCACAUUUUUUAAGGAAUUUUAUUAAAAAUUGGGGAAUAAAUUCUUUGCGAUGAAUUGAUAGUGGAGUGUUUUAGGUUGAGCUUUAAGGGGAAUUGGUGGGGGGUGGUGUUUUCGUGUGUGAAGUGUGGAGGAGGGGGAUUGAGGAUGAGUGGGUGUGGCGCGGUUAUGGGGGAGGAGGAAUUUAUCGCGGCGCUCGAUGUGGGGACGACUACGGUGAAGUGUUUAAUAUUCGAUAAGGCUGCGAGAGUAAGGGGACAGGAGGCGACGCCGAUCCGAAUUGAAUAUCCGAAACCGGGAUGGGUGGAAAUGGAUCCGGACGCGCUGUGGUAUAAUGUCGUCUACGUGUUGCGUGGUGCUAUACAGGACGCCGGUAUUUCGCCAGGAAAGUUGAGAUGCAUGUCGAUAACAACGCAGAGAUCCUCCUUCCUGUUCUGGGAUGCCAAUAAUAACACCCCCAUCACGAAAAUUAUCAGUUGGAAAGACCUCCGCGCAGCAGAAUUGGUGCGACGGUGGAACACGUGCCUUUAUAUCAGGUCAUUCCGCCUGCUGUGUAAAUUCCUUUACUCAAUUACAAAAAACAAGUGUUACUUGUCGGGUUCCGUGUUGCGCGUGAUGAAUGAACUCGUCGUGAUCAGGUUGCUUUGGGUGCUCGAAAACGUGCCCGGCAUCCGCGAAAAAAUUGCCCUUAACCAAGUCAAGUUCGGAACCCUGGACACUUUUAUCAUUCACAAGUUGACGAACGGAGAGAAACACGUGACUGAUUUUAGCAACGCGUGCGUAUCCGGAUUUUUCGACCCUUUCGUUCUAAGCUAUGCCGAAUGGGCACUAAAAAUGUAUCGCAUUCCGUCCUCCAUCCUGCCAAAGUUGGUUCCAAGUUGUGGACCGCAUUUCGGAAGUUGUCGAAUAUUCCCGGGUUUCGAAGUGCCAAUCUUGGCCUCCGUUGCGGACCAAUCAGCCUCCAUGUUCGGGUCGGGGGGAUGGGGAAAGGGGGCCGUGAAAGUGACCUUGGGAACGGGCGCGUUUCUCGACGUGAACACGGGAACGCGGCCGCACUCUGGCGUGGGGGGAAUUUACCCCCUCGUCGGGUGGAAAUAUGGCGCGGAAAUUGCCUACAUUGCAGAAGGACAGAGUAAAGACAAUGGAAAUCUGGUCGAGUGGGGAAGAACAAUUGGCUUGUACAAUUCUGUCGCGGAGUCGAGUACAGUUGCAGAAUCGGUCGAAGAUACGAACGAUACUUAUUUUAUCCCGGCGUUUAGCGGACUUCAGGCGCCUUAUAACGACAUGACGGCCACAUCCGGUUUUUUCGGGAUGAGCCCGACCACGACGAAGGCCCACUUGGCCAGGGCCCUGCUGGAAAGUUUGGCCUUCCGGGUGGCACAGUUGCUCAAUAUUUUACAAAGAGAAGCGUCCGACAUUGAAUUUGAUCACAUCAAGGUGGACGGUGGAGUUGCGAAUAAUGACUUUGUCCUCCAAACUAUCGCGGAUUUGACGGGAAAACCAGUAAUUCGUCCGGUCUGCAGAGAUAUGACCGCGUUGGGGUGUGCCUUCAUGGCCGGUGUGAAUUGUGGAUUCUGGAGUUCGAGAGAAGACCUCCUCCAGUUUUACCGAGUGGAGCGUAUCUUUCACGGGGUGGAGGACGGGGUGCGAAUUCAGGUCCGUUUUGCCGAAUGGGAGCGUGCAUUGGAACGAUUCCUCAAGUGGAGAGAGAUCAAGGAGCCGUCCUGAUGGAAGGCCGCUCUCGCGGCCAUCUUGCUCAUGGCUGUGCUAAUCAUGAUAGGCUACUUCAUGGGGGAAAUGUUUUCGCAGCUGGGGGGAAACUUGGAGUUUUGGGAAUAAAUUGUUUUGCACGUGAUUUGCACGAUCGAAUAUCUAUAUUUUCUUUUCUUGUAAUUCAUUCGAGUGUAUUUAUAAGUUUAUUUAUUUAUUGCCCUUCGCAUACUAAAAUCGACAAGGACAAAAGUCGCCCAAUUUUUACACGUGAAAAUUCUCAUUAGAUUUGUCAACAAAUUUUUUUGCAAAGAAAUUAUUUGCUAAUUUUUGCACACAAGCGCAUUGGUAAUACGCAUUUGCAAUGUGAUUCAUCAAAACGCUUUUCGAAAUGUCACCAUUUUACUAAACCUGAUGAGUAAUAAGGUGAAAUUCUGAGAUAUCCGAAUUUUGUCGUGAGUACGCCCAUGACAAAGUAUGUAUAUAUUUUUUUUUUUACUUAUUUAUUGGUUUAGGCACUUUUAUUAUGUAAGUGUGAAAUGAGCUGUUAAAGCUAUAAAUUAUUGAUACCGUCUUCUGAAAAAUAAUGUAACCCUUUUGAAAAAGAUGCACUCGUAAUUCUAUGUAAAUUAAGCAAACUUUGCUAAUACAGAGUAAAAUUAUUUACAUAACUUGAUAAGUAAAGAGCAAAGUUUACUCUGCAUUUAGUAUAGUAUAGUUAAAUUUCCAAGAGGGUAAUAUUAUUUUUAAGGGUGUACGCUACUGAAAUUUUUCAGCCACGGUUUUACAACUUUUCAUAAAUAUCUAUAUAUUUGCAUAUUAAGUUCCAGCGGUGAAUGUAUGUACCCUAUGCUUAAUAAGAAAUCUAGAACUACCGCCUAUGAAUAAAAAAAUUUAGGUAAUCUUCCAACCUAUUUUAACCACUCGUGUGACAAAUAUACUUAUGUACAGGAUGAUUUAAAUGUCUCGGUACAAUGGAUAUUUUUGUAUCUACAUUAAUCACCAUUAGUCAACAGGAAUUGGAAUUGAGAUUUUUAUUGAUUGUUCAACUCGUACAUAUAUCAAAACUGAUGGAAAAAAUAUACAUAAUAUCAAAAUUCUUAAAAUUGCGAGAUUCAGAUGUAAAAUUUUGGUAAGAAAAAUGAAAAUGCACGAACUUUUCUCAUUUUGAAAAAUUCUCCAUUGUAGCGAGACAAGGUUUAAACCAACUUGUAUAUAUUUAUGUGUAGCACACGUUUCGAACGCGUCCACGUGACAGCAAGCAAGUUAUUUACCUUGUAAAAUUUAUCACAUUUUUAUCUAUGGCCCAAAAUUUGUGCACAUUUGACAAAAUUUUGAUAAAUUUGUAACAUGCUAAUGUUGCACGAAUAUAUAGAGAAAUUUAGGAAAAUUAAAAUAUCACCAAUUUUUUAAGUACGAA